CGUCGCUGCACCACAUCGCAACCAGCUUCAACAUUGAAUCGACAAAAUUCGGCCGCGCAUCAACGACAACAGAAAUAACAAUUGUCGAGCAAACCAGCCCUUCCCUCUUUAGCAGAUCACCAUGGCAAACCCAAGAAUCGAAGAACUUCCGGACGAGGAUCCAUCCAAGAAGGCGGCAGCUGAAGAUGCGUCCGACUCGUCUGACUCAGAACCUGAAGCCACCGGCGAAGGCGAGGCUAACAUCCCCGCUGGUUCUGCCGUCGCAGUUCACAGCCGCAACGAAAAGAAGGCCAGAAAGGCUAUUGGCAAGCUGGGCUUGAAGCACGUUCCGGGAAUCACAAGAGUCACACUGCGGAGACCCAAGGGUAUUCUGUUUGUGAUCUCCAACCCUGACGUCUACCGAUCCCCAACCAGCAACACAUGGAUCAUCUUCGGUGAGGCCAAGAUCGAGGACCUGAACUCCCAGUCGCAAGCCGCUGCUGCUCAGCAACUCGCUGCUGCCGAAGCUGCCAACGCCGACCACUCUGGCCAUGACCAUGGUGAUGAGGAGGGCAAGGGCAAAGCCGCUGAGGAGAAGAAGGCAGAGGAGGAAGACGAUGAUGAUGAAGAGGUCGACGACAGCGGUCUGGAGGCCAAGGACAUCGAACUCGUCAUGACUCAAGCGUCGGUGUCGCGGAAGAAGGCUGUCAAGGCGCUCAAAGAGAACGGAAAUGACAUUGUCAAUUCCAUCAUGGCGCUGAGCGUAUGAUCAAAAGCACCAAAAAGUUGUGGAUCUGCAUCUUGAUGCCUGAACUUCGGUGCUCUUCCUUGAGAUAUUCGGAGACAGCACCUGAGCUAUGUUACAAUGCACAGAGCGGGGCAUAGUGAAAUAUGCUCUUAGACGAUGCAAGACAUUUCUCCAUUUCCG